UAUUUAGACUUUAUGUAUUAUUAAAUUUAUAGAAUUAGAUUUUAUUAUUAUAGUUCUUAACAAAUUAUGCACCUGUAGGAUCAUCUAAUCCUAAAAAGGUAAAAAAAGUUCGAGGGAGCAACAAGUGCAAGGAAGUUGCAUUACUUGAAGUCAGUUAGAAGCUGAAAGUAACCUUUUACAAUAAUAGAACGGUUGAAAAAAAUAGCAAUCUAUUUUUGAGACACUUGAGAAAAAUAAUUCGUGAUAGUAACAUGUGUCCAUUGGCAGAGUUAUCCUGGAGUGAUCUUAAGAAACAAAAUUUGGAUCACAUAGGGCAUUUGGACCUUUUUUUGGUUCGUUCUAUCUAAUGUUGUGUAUUGAUUAUUGUAGAAAAAAUUUGAGAGUGAUGAUAUGAAUGAUCAUCGUGAUCAUAUCUUUGGAUGGAUGAAUGAGUUGUGGAACAAAUGGAGAGGACACUUGCAUAGUAAGUAUGUGAACAAUAAGUCAAUGGUACCGGCUCUUAAAUGUAAACCAGAGAGAGUAGAGAAGAAGGACUGAGAGUAGUUAGUUAAGGAACAUUUUUGUUCUGAAAUUUUUCAGUUAUUCCAUUUCGUAUCACUAUAUUACUUUCUUUAUAAUUGUGUGUGGAUUGACUUAUUUUUUCUAAAAAAAUCAAUGGUUCUUUUUAUGUUGCUCUGUAUUACCUGCUAGUUCUUCCCUAUAAACUUUAUUUGUUGAUGCAAUAUCAGAAUUUGUAUUUGAAUAGAAGCUAAGCUUAUUAUUUAAGAAUAGUACAGGCGACGAGAAGAAAGAGGAAUACAACAAACUGAGCUAAUUUGACAAUGCUUCAUCAUAUUGGUAGUAAGCCUAUUCGAGACAUAAUGUAUCAGCAGGGAGGGAAAGAAGGCAAUCCUCCAGAUUUGGGGACUAUUUUCUAUGAGACUCGUAAGAAAGGCAACAAUCUUGUUGAACCUGAAGUAAUUGAAAAAUAUGCUCAGAUCAAAAAAAUUAUGAAAGCAAAGCCAUCUCUACUUACCAUAGAGAUUGUAAAAAAAUGUUGGGGACCUCAAAAUCGUAGUCAUGUAGUUUGCUUUGGCGGUGGAGUAAAGUCGAAAGAUAUGAAAGGGGGCACUUCUUCAAAGACUGAAUUACUGUCCGCUCUACGUUCAACUCAAGAGGACAAUAAAUCCUUGAUUGAGGAAAACAAAUCAUUGAAUGAUCGUUUGUCAACCUUAGAAGAUGAGAUGGAAAAAAUAAGAAAAAUGCAAGAAUUUUUUACUGCUCAACAAUCUCAUAUCCCUCAUACAACCUCGCCCGUUUCAACUGAAUGACACUGGCUUAUUUUGCUGUCCAAAUUUUUGAAGAUUGAAACUACAAGAGAAGAUGUAAGUUUAGAUGAUGCACAAACUUAUUAUUAUUUUUCUAAGAGCGUUAUGUAAAGCUUGAUAUCAUAUUCUAGCUCGGGAUGUUAAUUUGUUAAGUUUUUUUGUUUAAAAAAUAUCGAAACUAUUGACACUAUUCUAGCUCGGGAUGUUAGUUGGUCAAGUUUUUAUUGUUUAGCAAAUAUUAAAAUUAUAUUUAUUAUA